AAUUGUGGAUUGUUUGUGGAUAAAUAUGCAUCAGUUGGUGGUGGUUGUCUUAACUGUUGUCGCUGUGGUUUGUGGCCAGACGCUGGUGCCCAUGGAGGAGGACGAAGAACCCGAAACAGUGAUCACGUCGGCGGUGGACGCAGUUUUGGGCAGGAGGGCCACCCUACCCUGCAACAUAGUACCGGACAUGCGAGAGGACCGCGUUUAUAUGGUGCUGUGGUACCGCGAAGGACACAUCAAGCCGAUAUUCAGCUACGACGUACGCGGCAGGUCGAUAAACAAGGCGCUCGACUGGUCGGAUCCGAAGAUGUUCGGUCCCAGGGCCUAUUUCGUGACGAUGACCAAGCCGGCCGCCCUCAAUCUCGAUUCGGUGCAGUUGGACGACGAGGGCGUCUACAGGUGCAGAGUGGACUUCAGGACAACGCCCACGAGGAACUUCGCCAUCAACCUCACCGUCAUCGUGCCGCCUCAUCAGAUGUUGCUGUACGACAAUUCGGGGCGAGACGUGUCCGGAGUGGUGGGCCCCCUGGAAGAAGGAUCCGACCUGGUGCUCACCUGCGAAGUGCGCGGAGGUCGUCCAACUCCGACGGUGUCCUGGUUCAUAAACGAUCGUCUGGUGGAAGGUCAGCUCGAAUCCAGUGGGAACCAUGUUAUGGUGAACAGACUGGUAGUGAACAGGGUCACGAGAGACCAUCUCAACUCGACCUAUAAGUGUCAGGCUAGCAACACGAAGCUGAUGAUGCCGGCCGAGAAAUCCGUUCGAUUAGAAUUAUUACUUCGGCCGUUGAGUGUGCGGAUCGUGAGGAAACCGAAGCAACUAAUAGCAAACGAAGAGGUGACCAUCCAUUGCGAAGUGGCCGGGUCCAGGCCCAAGGCGAACGUCUCGUGGACAAGGGACAAUCGUGCCUUCAGACGGGGAAAGGUUAUCGAAGAUGGCAACGACACUUUAGUGAUUAGUUCGGUGACCUUUUCGCCGGUCCCAGAAGAUGACGGUACAUUCCUGAAGUGUAUCGGUGACAACCCCAAACUGCCAGGAGUUGGUCAGGACGACUCGUUCAAACUCAGCGUCGUGUAUCCACCCCAGGUGACGUUGCAUUUAGGAAGCACUUUAAACCCGGACGACAUCAAAGAGGGAGACGACGUUUAUUUCGAGUGCAACAUUAAGGCCAACCCUAAACAACACAAAAUUACCUGGUUCCACGACGGGAUGCUCGUAAGCCAGAACAUGUCCUCAGGUGUGAUCAUCAGUACCCAAAGUUUGGUGUUACAAAGCGUCACCCGUCGCCAGAGCGGAGCGUACACUUGCUCGGCCACCAACAACAGGGGUGAAAAGAGCAGUGCACCAGUCAACCUGCGAGUCCGAUAUGCGCCCGUCUGCAGCAAAGACAACGAAGUGACCGUGAUAGGCGCCUCAUUGGACGAAGAGUUGAAGGUGCGUUGUCAGGUGUCGGCGGACCCGAGCGACGUCAACUUCAUCUGGCAGUUCAAUAACAGCGGCGAAAGCUUCGACGUCGGCACAGAUCGAUUCAGGACGUCCAGCGGCAACGUGAGCGAACUGAUGUACACGCCGGCCACGCAAAGAGACUACGGCACUCUCACCUGCUGGGGCACCAAUUCGAUCGGCCGACAAAUGGAACCUUGCGUCUUCCAAGUGGUGCCCGCCGCAAAACCCAGUCCUUUAACCAACUGCACCUUGCACAGGGUCAUGAACCAGACCGCCGACGACGUGGAGGUUGAGUGCCGGGCCGGUUACGACGGUGGAUUGCCCCAGAGAUUUGUCUUGGAAGCGUACGAUGCUCACACGAUGAGGCUUAGACUGAACAUGUCCGUGGCCGAUACUGAUUUACCAGUCUUCCGACUGGACCUCGGGGAACUACUACCUUCACCGCCAGCCUUGCGUAUAUUCGUGUACGCCCAGAACGCCAAAGGUAAAAGCGAAAAGCUCAUCCUGGAAGAUGUGACGCUGAACGAUGCUGAAAAACGUACUGACGGAAACUCGAACAUGAGCAUGGUCCCGUUGGCUGCCCUUCUCACGGGAUCGCUGCUGACUUUAGGCCUGGCGGUCUUGGUCAUAGUGGUAAUCGCGGUGCGAAGACGCAGGGGACAAUGCGAUAACGGGCAGCACUGCCCGCAUCACAUGAGCAUCGAUCAGUCUACGAAGCAUCAGCCUAAGUCACGGCAUGGUUCAAUGUUGGAAAUUAACACGGGAGAUAAUAGAUACGUUGUGGCUUACACCCUCAAACCAGCGGAAGAUUGCCAGGCACCAACGUUGCCGCCACCCCCGUCUAUGAUCUCGCCUUCCGAUCCCAGACGGCAACCGGACAUCCUGAACACCCCACGAGGAGCGGACUCAACUCCCACAGGACUGUGCCGGCCGGAGUCCCUGUUCACGCCCCCCGGCGCAGCAGGAAGCGACCACUUUCUCAGCCGGCACCAGAUCAACUGCAGCCCACCAGUUAUUUCUAAUACUCAGUCGCCUUUGAGCAUGGGAAACGAGAUCUGCAACACCCUGGGCAGAAGCAGGCCAAGGCCCAGGGACACGUCUUACUCCAACUUCGCAACGAUGAGGAGGGACCACCAUCUGAUAGCAGACUCCAUACCUGGACCGGAAAGUUGUGUGUAAAAUUGUCAUUUAAUAUAGGUUCGACGCCCAUUUAAAUGAUGGUAGAAUUUAGGGAAAUAGGACGAGAACGGGACGUUUUGAAUGUUUCUGAAGAAUGAGUGGAUCGCGUCUGUGCCAUUUACAUUCGAACCAUGAACCAACCUACCCCCAUUUUAACCCCCUGUACCCAACAGUUGAAAUCAAUCUCGAGCUUAAACUACUUCUUGUAUUAAUCAACGAAACUCUUGACUAGUGAAUUUACGGACUGUAUAUAUAAAUCGCAAACUCGACGAAUGGAAGGAUAUAUUGUAGGUAUUGGUGUAGCCUAUAAACAAUCAUUUUUAUUAUUGAUUAUUGUAAAUAUAUUCUUCCGUGCGUCGCUCUAAAUAGGCCUAUAUACAUAAAGACAAACAAUGUUCUACUGGAAUUAUGUAAAUGAAUGUGUAUAGUGAAUUUAUAAUCAUACUGUGUAUGAUUGAGUUGUGUUUAAAUAAUAUACUGUGUGUUAUAUUUAAUAAGAUAAAUAUUUAUUUAAAAGGUGAUACUGGGUUGUUGCAAUUGGGUAAAUUUCACUGUAAAUAAAUAAAUUUGUUUCGUUAUAAAAUAAAAACAUACAAAUCUUACUCAUUGAACAUUGAACAAUAGACUGAUUAUUAUUUUUUUUCUUGACGAAACAGAUUUAUUAUUUAUAAUUGCCUAAUGCAAGGAUUGAAUGAAUAUUGGAAGUAUGAAUAUAUUCAUAUUAAUUUAGUUUAGUUGCCCUGAGGAUAUAAAAUGAAGUAAAGAGAAAUGAACAAACAAUUUUGAGCUUCUUCAAGCCUGUAUAUUAUUAAAGUUUAGUUUGCUUGAAAUUGUAUGUUCCAAUACUGCUUUUGUCCAGGACAAUAAUUCUCUAAAAAACAAAGUGAAAUUGAUAUCAAGAUAUAAUAAGACAAUUAAGUUUUAAAUGUGUUAUAGCUUCUGCUCAUUAUUAUUUAUUAAAGAAUAAUGGAAUUGUCUUCUAUUAUUUUGUUAAUUAGUCUCCUAAAUUGUGCGUUCAUUGAAGAUGCACGACUUUUUAAUUACCCAGAGUGUGUGCGCGACCAAUUUCUCAGUAAAUGAAUGAAAGCUUUUUGUUUUCAAAUAUUAUUUUGUAAAAAGGUUUAGUCGAUCCUGUUUUAU